GAUAAACAGACAUGAUGGGGAAGACAAGAAGCAGUGAUGCCGUCAGAGUUGGAUCCACAAUAAUGUUAAUGGCGGCGAUGGUGGUUUCAGUCUCGGGGCAUAAUUAUGGACUUGCAUUGAGCAAGAGCAUUCUCUUCUUCGAAGGCCAGAGAUCGGGCAAGUUGCCUCCUUCCCAGAGAUUGACUUGGAGGAAGGAUUCUGGUCUUCGCGAUGGUUUUGAAAUCGGCGUUGAUUUGGUGGGUGGUUACUACGACGCAGGCGACAACGUCAAGUUCAACUUCCCAAUGGCAUGGUCCACCACAAUGCUCGCCUGGGGCGUAUCUGAGUUCGGGAGGGAAAUGGGCCCGCAUCUCCCACACGCGCUCGACGCGAUCCGCUGGGCCACCGACUACUUCCUCAAGGCCACAAGCGUGCCCGGGGUCGUGUUUGUACAAGUCGGUGAACCUUACGGUGACCACAACUGCUGGGAGAGGCCCGAGGACAUGAACACCCCUCGAACCCCUUAUAGUGUGAGUGCACAGUUCCCCGGCUCGGAAGUUUCGGCUGAGAUUGCCGCCGCUUUGGCCGCUGCUUCAUUGGCUUUUAGGCCAGUUGAUCACCGCUAUUCGGCCCUGCUCCUAAGUCGGGCUAAAACAGUGUUUGAGUUUGCGGAUAAGUAUAAGGGGUCGUACAAUGACAGUCUUGGACCAAGGGUGUGCCCAUUCUACUGUGAUUUCAGCGGUUAUGAGGACGAGUUGAUUUGGGCAGCAUCAUGGUUAUUCAAGGCGACCAAGGCACCUAAUUACUGGAAUUAUGUUGUGCAAAACAUACAUCAUCUGGACUACUAUAAGUUCAAAACCUUCAACUCCCUUCCUAAUGGAGUAGGUAGCUUUGCCGAGUUCGGGUGGGAUACGAAGAAUGCCGGUAUCAAUGUCCUCGCUUUUGAGAUCGUCAUGAAGGAUAAUAACAAUACAGAUCUCUUCAUGGUCAAUGCCGACAAGUUUGUGUGCUCAGUUUUGCCUGAAUCGCCGACCAAAUACGUCAACUACUCCCCUGGGGGGCUCCUAUUCAAACCAGGAGGGAGCAACCUGCAGCACGCCACGGCUCUGUCCUUUCUCCUUGUCGUAUAUGCUCGCUACACGAACCUUGCCAAACGGGUUGUUCAAUGCGGCAAUGUAAAGGCCACUCCAGCCAGGCUCAUUCAAGUAGCUAGAGGCCAGGUGGACUAUAUAUUAGGAAGCAACCCAAUGAACAUGUCGUACAUGGUGGGAUACGGCAGGAAAUUCCCUCAAAGGAUCCAUCACAGAGGCUCUUCCUUGCCGUCCCUAGAUCAACACCCACAACAGAUCGGUUGCAAGGACGGGACGCCAUACUUCGAGAGCAGAAGGCCGAAUCCAAACCUGCUGACCGGGGCCGUCGUUGGAGGUCCAGACAUCAAGGAUCGGUACAACGAUUCUAGAGCCGAUUUUGUACACUCGGAGCCAACAACAUAUAUUAAUGCUCCUCUUGUUGGUGUCCUGGCCUUCUUCAGAUGGCAUCCAUAUCCAUAGACAUUUGUUUUUGGCCGAAUAUCCAUAGACAUUGAAAUGCAAGGAAGUAAAACAAGAAUUUCAAUAA